GUGUUUGCAAAGGUCUUAAACUUUGCCUUUAAUUUAUAAUGGAAUUUUUUCAUUCAUUAUUGCUUCAGAUUAUUUAUCUCUUCUGUCAGAUAUUUUUACCAGGUAAAUUACUUAAGGCUUUAAAAAAUUGUCUUAUACAUUUCUCUACUUAUUUCAAAUGUCUUUCAUUGGAAAGAUUGGUUUGAGCUGCUGAGUUUACCAUUAAUUAAUGUGCAGAUUUAAAUUGUAGAGACAUUGAGGAAGAAGAAAUACACAAGACAAAAAUGACUGCAAGAUGGUGUUUUACUCUGUUUUGUGUUGCUAUAGCAGAGCACCUGAGACGUGGUAACUAAUAAUAAACAAAUUUAUGGCUCAAAGUUCUGGAGGCUGGGAAGUCCAAGGUCAAGGUGUCCGCAUCUUGCAAGGACCUUCUUGCUUUGUCAUCACACAGCAGAAGCACAAGAGGCAAAAGGGGACAAAAUUCAACCUUUCGUAACAGCUUUAACCCCACCCAUGAUGGCAUAGCCCUCAUGGCCUAAUCACCUCUCAGUACUAAUCACCUCUCCUGCCUCUUAAUACUAUUAUGAUGGCAAUUAAACUUCAACAUAAGCUUUGGAGAGGACAAACCUUCAAACCAUAGAAGAUAGAAUGACUAUUACAGCAAUCCGACAGACAUGAUGAAGGCAACAUCUAAGGGAGAACGGAUAGGCUGUCAAAAAGAAGUGAAAUUAAAUAGAGGUUUAAGCGGACAAAUGGAGAAGAUAUUAUGUACUAAAUUCAUGUUAAGAAGAAGAAGGAUGAACAAGACGCCCACUGGCCUGAAAGUAAGGUGGUGCCAUUCAAUAGGACAAGAAUUACAGGAGGAAGGGAAAUUGAAUAAAGUAUGAAAUUGAAACGUGUAAAAUCUCAUCUUAUCUGCUGGUCAAGGAUAUAUACUUAAGGUAGUGAGGGGAAAAACAUAACAUUAAUAAAAUAUUAAAUACAGGGGAGCAUUUGGGUCUAAAGACACAGAUGAAGGUGGCAUCAACAGAGAGACAGCUAUUAAUGUAACAGAAAGAUGAUAUUAACUAGGGAAAAUUAAGAGUAAGAAGGGAGUGACAAGCAUAAACCAGGUUAGUAGCACAUUUAAAAGGGCAGGAAAGCAAAUAAAUAUCAUGAAAUGCCCUAGGAAGAAGUGACACAGAGACAGGAAGGAAACCAGGCAACACAGAUUUCACAGAAACUAGUAAAGAAAAGAUAAUCUGUUGGUUCCAUCACUCUUUAAAAAAAAAAAAAAAGCUACCAAACUCAAACAUAUUUUCAAACUCCAUCUCUCAUCUUAAUGUUUUGCAUGCAAUUGAUUCUAUGUAAAAGGAAUUGUUAAAAUAAGUCUAGUAAGUUGCAACCCACCCUGCAAACCACAAAGGCAAUCCACAUUGAAAAUAUCCACAAUGAUGGCUUGCACACAAAAAGGGGUGUUAAAAAAAUUUUGUUAAAACAAUUAAAUGAGGAAUGAGAAGGACUUGUAGACUUGCAUACUAGUAUACUUACACUUUUGGCCAUGUGGCUGACACUUCCUAAGGUCAGAACAGUCAGCUAACUGAGUGUCUGAUUUUUAUGCAGCCAUGGCCACAGGAGAGCACACCCCUGAUGACCCUCUGCUCAGAGGCAAAAGGAGGCAAGACCUCCAAGAGAUGCUGAGAGAAGUGGGCCUGGAUGUUGAGUACUGGUUACCCAAGCUGCAGGAACACCUGGAUGUGACCUGUGCCCAGGCCUUACAACACCUAGACAAAAACAACCUCAAGAACCUGAAAUCCCAGACACAACAUCCAUGGGAGAAAAGAGCCCUGGAGAAGCUGCUUAACCUGUCACACUCAAAAAGUCUUUCAGCAUUACAGGAGUCUCAGGUGGAAAGGACAAAGAGAAAGCAGAAGCAGGCAGAACAGGCACUGCAGGAGCUGAGGGACUUGCUGACAGAAGGGAAGCAGAGACAGGAAGAGGCAGUGAGGACAAGAGAAGCAGAGCUGAGGCAAGCGAUGGACAUCCCUGAAGAGUACUGGCCAUCACCUGAAGAGCCUCUAAGGGAAGUCAUGGAAAACCUGCAGAGACAACUCAACCUCAUGGAGUGGACAGUGUGCCACAGGCAAAACCUUCCAGAUAGAGAUGUGGUGAGAUGGGCAUCUGGAGGGCCCGCCCUCCAGGGAAUUUACAAAGCCAGCCACCAAAGGGGCCUGACAGAGAAGAGAGAGGAGUUGCUCAGUGUCCCCAACGAGUUCUUACUUUCCAGUACUCAGCAAGGAACAUAAAUGAAAACAAAGGAAUUCACAUCUCCUCAGGCUGAACUCAUGUUUACCCAGAUGGUAGAGAAGCUGGGCUUUAGUUUAACUACUUCAGCCAAGGACGGAAAUUGGGGGUUUAGUCUAGAAGCUGGUUUGGAUCACAGCGAACAUUCAGAAUCCAAGGAAACCCAACAAUCAAGUUCUGAGCAUUCUUAUUUCUGCUCAACCAAGUAUAGCUACAUCCCCCUGGCCUCCUGCCACUUUCUCACUGAUCAGCUCCAGUUAUCCAAGCCUGCUGUCCAGGAACUGAAAUGCAUUGAAGACCUUCUGAGUCAGACAACAAACCCAGACAGAUUCUCCUUGCAGAGGCACAGGAUUGUAAACUUCUUCCACAGGUUUGGCUCUCAUGUUAACCAAGGCCCUCUGCAACUGGGAGGAAUCUACUGGUGGAAAGCCAUUUCAGAGGGGUAUUGCACGGAGCAGUUGGCAGAAGUGAGGCAGCAGUCUGCAGAGGCCCUGGACAUUUUCAUAAGGGACAGCUACAGUGGCUUUGGAGUGAAAGUUGCUGCAGGUGUGAAUGUUUCAGACUCUCAUUCAAAGACAGCCACUCAGACCAAAACUUCCCAAAACCUCCAAACCAAGGUCCAAUUAUCUGUGGCCCAAACAGGUGGCCCACCAGAAGCAGAUGGCCUUGUCCAGUGGAAAGCUGGCCUCAUUGCCAGCAAUCAAACCUGGUGUGUCAUUGACCGUGGCCUUCAGUUGGUGCCAGUUUGGGACAUUAUCCUCUCCAGCCACAGAAGCAAUUUUAAGGAUCCUCUUCAGGUGGCUAACUUCCUGAAAGACAGCUACACUGCUCUGACUAGCAUCACUGCCCAGAUACAGGAUGGGGAAGAGUUACUGAGUGCUGGGAAGGAGGCCAGGGUUUUUCUAGAGGAUGUAAAAUCUUGGGAGGUAUCUGAUCCUGAAGAGCAACUUAAAAAACUGAUAAAUUUCAUGAAAAUGUUGAGUCAAAAACUAAAAAGUUAUGACACUUGGAUUAAUAUAUGUCUCACAGAUUGGAGUCUGCAGAAUUUUCUAGUAAACACCGUCAACUUUUGCAAAAAGUCUUCUAUUUAUAAAACUAAAUGUAUUAAAUCUCAUUUGCGCAGCCUUCUGGAUCCUCACAUCUACAGAGUGACAAACUUUCCUCAGGCUAACUUCAUCAUGCAGUGGAUCUUCCAGUCAGAUUCAGAGCAAGAGCAGGUGAAUAUUUCCCAAUUUUCUCAAUUAAUCGAGAUCUUAAAAGAAACCCAGAAUGACCUCAUGGAUAAAGUCAAAUCUGCGUCCCCAGAAACAGUGGAGGAAGCCACCACUUAUGAGGUCAGCUUGGCUCUCAGCUGCUUCUUGAAUUAUCUCCAAAAAACAGAGCAGACAGACACACAACUCUUGCUACUUUCCAUUGCAGCUGCUGCAGGAUAUCGUGUAAUAAACAAUACUUUUCAGGGUCUCUUGGGGUGUGAUGAGUUAAGCUUCCUACUGGAUGAAAUGCAAUCCGCCCAAAAUAAAUACCAGGAGCUUAAGAAUAUUUGCAGCUAUAGGGCUCAGGCAUUCCUGGUUCUCACAGGUCUGACAGCCACAGCUGGAGACACAGCUAUUUCUUCAGAAGAGAAAACACAAUACAUGUCAUUAAUGAGACAUCACAUGGGACAAUCAUUGUCCAGAGAAGUUGCACAUGUCCUCACCAAACCUGGAGCAGAUCACGAUUGGGAAAACCUAGAGAAAGAGAGAUUGCUCAUUAAUGGGGAUUAUGAAGAAGAAGUCACCAUCUCUUCUUUGCAAAUGGAAGAGGUGAGCAAGCAAAGUUUCUUCUAUGGAAAGAAACAGCCCCAUGAACCACAUGACAAUGAAAAUUACAAAUGGGAGAUGAUAAAAAAUGGAGCCUUCCUAGACUUACUCCAGCGUCUAGAUCUAGAACAUUACUACCCCAAAAAAUUGAGCAAAGCUAAUUUCCAUCUGAUCUAUAAGACUUCUGUGUACAACACCCAGCCCAGCUCUGAACAGGAGCUUCCCUUCUAUUUCCUGCAGAAACUACUGAUGAUGGAUUAUGAGCUGAGAUACCUGGUCUUCAAAGAUGAUAGAAACACAGAACACCAAGUACAUCCAAAUUCUUCAGAUCAGGAAGAUGCGGCUUUUGAUCCAUAUGGAAACUUUUUUGAAGACAGUGAUAGUCCCACUAAAUCUUCAUCCACUAAUCCUAGCCCCCACAUUCACCCAAUGGAUAUUCAGAUGACAAUUUUUCACUGUGCAGAUAAUUUUGCCAGACAAUAUAUUUUGGCCAAACUUUCCACUUGUCAGUUUGCCCUCCCCCUUUUGGUGCCUAAUCCCUGUACUUCUCAGAUUGAAUUCUCUCUCUGUUCUCUCUGUCAAAUUACAAGAAGUUGGCAGGAAGCAAGGAAAUCACCAAAAGGGAAGAACCAUUAUAAGAAUCAGCAGAUGUGUUGUGUCUCUACCUCAAUUGUGUCCUUCGUAAGAGUUGGAAAUGGCCUCUCUGCUUCUAAAUCUCAGAUUAUGAACUGUCUUCUCAGUAAACAGAAACAUGAUGUGUUUUUUCACCGACACUGCAGAGGAAGCAGGAAAGAUUGCCUCUUGAUGGGGGGUGUGGUAGAAAUCUAUUUGUUCUGUCCAGGAGGGGAAGAUGAGGGCAGAUUUGACAACUGUAUGACCUUUACCAAUCUUCAUGGAGAUGUAAAAGAACAUGAGCAGCAGCUCAGCUUCCUGAAGGAGGUGUCUACUGUCAUUGUGGUCCUCAUGUCAGCCUCCGAUGACAAUGAAGGAAACCGAAAAAUUGUCCGUAACUUGUGGCAGUCAUCGAGGCCAUUGAUCUGCUUGCUCAAUGACAAAGAAGCAACCAUGACCAAUAUUUCUGGCCAAAGAAUGAGAAUGGGUAUCAAGAAUAGAAAUGAGGCAGAAUUAACAGAGGAACUCACAACUACAAUCAGACAUUUGCUAGAACUCUCAGAUACUGCUCUCAGCUUGGAGGACUGUUCCCAGAUUGCUCACCAGCAAGGAUUUCUUAUUGAUGAAGACCAGAGAGACUACAAAGAAGCCAAAGAAAAGGCACAGGCUCUAAUGGCCUUCCUGGGGGAAAUGAAAUUAUCUCAGAUUAAGGAAAAAUUACUACCCCUUCAGGGACAACUGUGGCACCAUUGGUGUAAGAAGGACAAAGAACUCUAUCAUCUUAGAGAAAAGGGAAAUCAGAGCAUUUAACAAUACAAAAGUGAGAUUGAGACAGAUAAACAAAUAAGACGGCGUGAACAGUUGGCCAGAGCCCUUCCUCUCAAUGAUUUAAUGCAAUCUGUCCUUCAGUUUCUCCAAGAGCAUUCAGAAAUUCACACCAAACUGUACUUCUUGCAGUGGCUGAGCGUAUUUUUGGACAACCUGACUACAGGACACUUGGAAGAACUGCAUGAGAAGCAAAAAUAUUGGUGGUCACUGGUUCAAACAGUAAAGCAAAAGGCAUCUAAUAGUAACUCCUUGAUAUGCCUGCAAAGUGAGAUAGAAGCCAUUUCCACAGAGAUUAGUGACUGUACUUUGGGAAUUGAGCAACUUCUCAGAGAAGUUGGUCAGAUUUAUGAAGCUCUGGAAGAAGCUUCCUCCAUAAAAAAGGCUUUUUUCUCGCUUCCCCAAAUUGCUGCAGACCUGAUGAUAUCUGGUGUUCCCAUUGAGCCGAUGGAUGGGGAUGCAGCAUAUGUGCCUCUAACAUGGGUGGCAGCUAUUUUUGACAAGUCUGAGAAACUUGGAGACAAAUGGCUAUUUGUUCUUUCUAUCCUUGGCUUGCAGAGCUCAGGGAAAUCCACCCUGCUGAAUGCCCUUUUAGGGCUUCAGUUCACUGUUAGUGCAGGCAAAUGUACCCAAGGGGCCUACAUGCAGCUCCUCAAGGUGGAGGAGACAUUCAUGGAGGAACUUGGCUUUGACUUUGUGCUUGCUGUGGACACAGAAGGACUUCAGGCACCAGAACACAGCAACAAAUCCCAGGAUAGGGACAAUGAGUUGGCAACCUUUGUCAUUGGACUUGCAAACUUGACUCUGAUGAGUAUUUUUGGGAAGAAUCCAUCAGAGAUGCAAGAUAUCCUACAAAUAGUUGUCCAAGCCUUUCUGAGAAUGAAACAAGUACAAAUCUUUCCAAGUUGCAUCUUUGUCCAUCAGAAUGUGGGGGAAGCUACAGCUACAGACCAAACUAUGGAUGGACCAAGACGGCAGCAGAAACUAGAUGAAAUGGCAGCAAUAGCUCCUGAACAAGAACAGUGCUUAGAUGUAACCUGCUUCAGUGAUGUCGUUAGGUUUGAUGUCAAUACUCACGUCUACUACUUUGCUCACCUCUGGGAUGGCAACCCCCCAAGGGCCCCUCCCAAUCCUCACUACAGACACAAUGUACAGCAACUGAAAAGUAGAAUUCUUAUGACUUCCACCCAGGAAUCCAGGGGAAAUAUCAUGAAGAUAUCAGAUGUAAAAUCCCGAGUUCAAGAUUUGUGGAGAGGCCUGAUGAAUGAGAACUCUAUUUUCAGUUUCAGGAACACCCAAGAAGUCAUGGCCAUGAACAAACUGGAAACCAUUUAUAGCCACUGGACCUGGGAGCUGAGGAGUCACAUGCUGGGCUUGCAGAACCAGCUGAUCAACCAGAUUCAGAAUGGAAAAAUCCAGACACUUGAAGCAAGCACAUUUGAGGUUCUAGUUACAGAAAAAUAUGAAGUUGUCAAGCAAGAACGAAAAUAUUUUAAUGAAGACCCAUAUAGCAAGAUACUGAUUCAAUGGAAAGCAAACUUUGAAAAUAAGCUAAUAGUCCUUAAAGAAAAACUUAUUUCAGACAGCAAAAGACAAGCCAAUGAACUCAUUAGUUUUAAAAACAAAAGUCAAGAAAGUCUGAAUAAGAAAAAGACAGAUUAUGAAAAAGAAUUAUUGGAAAAAAGCCGGAAGUGGGCUUUAACUGUAAAGGGCAAAGAAUUGAGUGAGGAAGAGUUACAUGAGAAAUUCAAUCAACUUUGGAAAAACUGGGUCUGUGAUGUAUCCACAACUCUCCCACAAGUCACAAAGCCUGACAUUGAUUUGAAUUCUGAAAACAUCCUUUGGGAGUAUUUCAAAAACAAGACGAAUGUCGUGGGCAUACUAACGAGAAAUUCUGCAGAGAAGUUUCAAAUCAAUUAUGAUAAACAUAUCAAAGUGAAUAAGAAAUAUAACUGUAUCCCAAUGACAUUAACAAUCUUUGAGAAAGAGUUCAUUAAUAUGACUACUGACUACAUUGUUUCAAGAUUUAAUAAAAUUAUUAACAACAUGUGGAAGCAACAGUGUGGUUACAAUCCAAAUUAUUUCCAUGAGAUUCUAAAGACAAUAGAAGAGGAAGUGAAAUCUGCAUCUACUCAGGAAAGAUACACAUUUAAAAAUACAUUUAUCAUUGAUUUAUGUGUGUGUUUAUUUCAAAGAGCAAGCGAGAAUUUUAAGGAAAGGCACAGGGCAUUCAAGAGAGCAAAUGAUCCUGUAAACUAUCUAGAAAGUAAGAAAGAUGAUUUCUUCACGAGUUUUAAGAUCUCCUGUCAAGGAGCAACCUCCAUCAAAACAUUUGUUGAUGUUCUGUGGUAUAAGCUCACUCCUGCAGUCUCCACUACUAUAUGGGAGGACAUGAACAUUAAAAUUGCGGGCAACAUGCGAGCUACCUGCCCUGCAUUCAAUGGAAACGGGACUAACCUGGAGAAACACAUUUUCUUCUCUCUGACAGAAGAAGAAAACUUUGAUAAUUACUGGGAAUACCUUCAAAAUUCAGAAUCGUUUUUUAGGAGUUACAUCAAAAAUCAUAUUAAAAGAUAUUGUUCAGACAAUGGAGGUGAAAAAAUGAAAACUUUUUUUGAAAAAAGCUUAAUUGAUAUCAAGAAUACCAUCCUCUCUACCAUCCAUGAAUCCACAUCAGUAGCUAAAGAUAAAAGCAGCACUGCUUCUGGGUGGUUGGAUUUAUUCUGUGAUUGCCUGGGGUGCAACUUGAUCUUUCCACAAAGGGACUUGAUAAGCAUUGAACACCAGGAGAUAAAACAUACUGAAUUUCUUAAAGAAGCCAUGAGUGCAGCUUUGGAUCUCACAAUGAAGAAAAUAGAACAGAAUUAUUCAAGUAAGCCUAUAGAAGCAAUGGUUUCUAAAAUUGAGAAAAUGCUCUCUGAACAUCUCUGUGGCUGCUGGAAACAGUGUCCCAGCUGUGGAGCAAUUUGUACAAACACAAUUCCUACACAUGGAGGAGACCUUAGUCUUCCCUUCCACUGUCCUCAGGCUGUCAAUGGGGAGGAAUGGUAUGAAACAGAUGAUUUUGUCAUUGAUUGCUGUACUAGUUUAGUUGCAAGUGAUUGUUUGUUGGUUUUGAGGGAUGGCAGGAAUUUCCCAUGUAAGAACUAUCGACAAGCAGGAGGGGAUUAUGCCACGUGGAGCAUAGCCAUCCAGCUAUACGGGAAAUGGUUUGUCUCUCACUUCAGAUCAAAUCUAGAAGAAAAAUAUCAGAAAAAAUUUGCAGAUAAAGGUAAAAUCCCUAAUGCAUGGGCCAAAAUCACAAAGCAAGACGUGCUUGAAGACUUGAAAAAACAAUAAUACUCAGUGACCACAAAAGAGCCCCAGUGUCUGAAGAAAAGAGGCAGUGUACCUGAACAAUCCAAAAACAACUACUCAUUACAAUUAGAACCUUCAUCAUUUCUAUGUUUAAAAUGAAAUGUGUAAAAAUCAAUCAAUUAACACAUUAAGAGAUGAAAAUUUCCAGUAAAAUGACAUCAUUUCUCUCUGCCUCAAUUCCUCUAGUUUAAAAACAACUUACUAAGGCCGGGCGCGGUGGCUCACACCUGUAAUCCUAGCACUUUGGGAGGCCGAGGUGGGUGGAUCACGAGGUCAGGAGAUCAAGACCAUCCUGGCUAACACAGUGAAACCCCGUCUCUACUAAACAUACAAAAAAUUAGCCGGGCAUGGUGGCACGCGCCUGUAGUCCCAGCUACUCGGGAGGCUGAGGCAGGAGAAUGGCGUGAACCUGGGAGGUGGAGCUUGCAGUGAGCCGAGAUUGCGCCACUGCACUCUAGCCUGGGUGACAGAGCAAGACUCCGUCUCAAAAAAAUAAUAAUAAUAAUAAUAAAAACAACUUACUAAAAUCUGUUAAUAUAUGAUGAAAUCAAAUAACAUUCAUUUUAGAAACCUAUUUCGAAUUUUAAACUAUUCUAGAUAUUGCUUUUUUAUUUUAAAAUAUUUAAGUAUCAGAGAAAGUCAUUUUAACAGAGAAAAAUCAAAAUCAUUUCAGGCUGCAACACAUUUCUAUAGAAUAACUAUAUCAGUAUUUCAACCAAUAUACAUGUCUUGACUGAAAGUUAUAAACUGGCUCACUGCAACGUCCACCUCCCAGGUUCAGGUGAUUCUCCUGCCUCAGCCUCCUGAGUAGCUGGAACUACAGGCACACACCAUCACUCCUGUCUAAUUUUUUUGUAUUCUUAGUAGAGACAGGGUUUCACUAUGUUGGCCAGGCUAGUCCUGACCUCAAGUGAUCCACCCACCUCAGCCUCCCAAAGUGCUGGGAUUACAGGCAUGAGCCACUGCACCCGGCCAGACUUUUCAAUGUUUAAGUGGAUUUUUUUCACCCUCUAAAGUUUUAAGGAAAAGUUAUUAAUCUUUAAGUGUAAAAACAUUCAUGAGUCCCAAGCAUAGCAAUAUUUGGGCAUAUUCUGUUCUAGGAAAGAAUAAAUCAGAGACUUGACCAAGAUAGGGACGUCAUCAAUUCAGGAAAAAUUAUCAAGCAAAUAUGGGAAGUAUAAAUCAAAUAACUGUUUUUCUCACUUAACUUUCACCCUGUUCUUCCCCAGUAUAUUGGCAAUUCCAGGCGCAUGCUAAGAAAAAAAAAACAGUCACAAAGCUUUGUUAUUCAAAGCUUGGUGUUAUGUACAAGUCUGAGAAUUGGCUUUUGGAAAAAAAUUUAUGAUGACCAGAUAAAAUGUACCAUUUUAAUGAAGUCUGUGGACAAGUUUCAAUUAGAUUGGUUAUUUUAAAAUGAUUCAUUGAUUAUUUUAAACUGAUUACUUAAAGAAAAAUAUCAAAAAGUAUACAGUUUUAAUGCCGGGCACGGUGGCUCAUGCUUGUAAUCCCAGCACUUUGGGAAACACAGCAGGCAGAUCACCUGAUGUCAGGAGUUUGGGACCAGCCUGGCCAACAUGGCGAAACUCCAUCUCUACUAAAAAUACAAAACUUAGCCAAGCAUGGUGGCAGGCACCUGUAAUCCUAGCUACUUGGGAGCCUGAAGCAGGAGAAUGGCUUGAACCUGGGAGGCAGAGUUUGCAGUGAGCUGAGAACAAGCCACUGCACUCCAGCCUGGGCGACAGAGCAAGACUCUGUGUUAAAAAAAAAAAAAAAGUAUACAUUUUUUCAAAUCUCCUAAUACACUUAAUUGGGUUCUAAUAUUUCAAUAAGGAAUUUAUUUUUAUACAUAAAAGUGUAAUGAAUGCUUUCCUCCAAAUUGGGCAUAUAUGUGACUCUUCACACCAUUUGAGCCAUAAAUUCAUAAUUAGAAUAAAAAUGAAGAACACUGUAAACCCAACCAGGGCCUGAGAAGGGAAGGAAAUCACCCUUCUGCAAACCUACAUCUUAUGCUAGGUUCUCAAAGCUGAUGAUCUAAAGGAAUCCUGGUGCAAAGAAGACAAUUUCUUCAUGUUGGACAUAAACGCACCCAUUGGCUUCCAUUUAUGGGUGUACUCUAUCUUCCAUAAACAAUGAAAAUAGACAGCCCAGAGAGCAGUAACCAAGUGACUUGGAUCUUCAGAGUGUGGAGAUAGGAAUGCUGACUCUAUCUCCUUUGUCCUCUCAAAGGGCUUCAAGCAUAUUCUCAAUGUCAGGUCAAAUGACUCAUCUCUCCAGAAAAAGUUUGAGGACAGAAAAAUUACAAAGGAAACAUGUUCUUAGAGAGUAUAGUUUUUCUUUUGUUUUCUGGAAAAUAAUGUUAGUGAGAGUUGGAGGGAUCUCCUAAAACAAUAAAAUGGAAAUACGAUAGAAGCAGAACCCCUGCCCCACAUGGUGCCUGUCUCUCACAUCACUGUAUCCUUAAAAACUGUGUAGGGUCCACCCCCACAGGGUUGGUGGGUUUCUCCCCGUGCGCGGAGACAAGAGAGCAUAGAAAUAAAGACACAAGACAAAGAGGUAAAAGAAAAGACAGCUAGGCCCAGGGGACCACUACCACCAAGACGUGGAGACCGGUAGUGGCCCUGAAUGUCUGGCUGCGCUGUUAUUUAUUGGAUACAAAGCAAAAGGGGCACGGUAAAGACUGUGAGUCAUCUCCAAUGAUAGGUAAGGUCACAUGGGUCAUGUGUCCACUGGACAGGGGGCCCUUCCCUGCCUGGCAGCCAAGGCAGAGAGACAGAGGGAGAGAGAGAGCUGACGCCAUUAUUUCUGCAUAUCAGAGACUUUUAGUACUUUCACUAAUUUUGCUACUGUUAUCUAAAAGGCAGAGCCAGGUGUACAGGAUGGAAGAUGAAAGCGGACUAGGAGCAUGACCACUGAAGCACAGCAUCACAGGGAGACAGUUAGGCCUCCAGAUAACUGCGGGCGGGCCUGACUCAUGUCAGGCCCUCCACAAGAGGUGGAG